AUGUCUUAUAUCGAAGAAUUGUUCGGAUUAAAGGGUAAAACCGCGCUUAUCACAGGUGCUACCCGUGGUAUCGGAGCGAGAAUGGCACUUGCUUUAUCCAAAGCGGGAGCAGACGUAAUACUCGUUCAACGAAAUACGUCCAACACAACAACCAAAGAUGAAAUCGUAAAAUCAGGUGGUAAAGCAGAUAUUGUAGUGUGUGAUUUAUCUUCAUCGGAAGAUGUUUCAAAACUCAUUCCGCACGUGACUGGAGAAUUGAAGAGGACAUUAGAUGUUGUUGUGAAUUGCGGUGGAAUCCAAAGGAGACAUCCAGUUGAGAAUUUCCCAAAUGAUGAUUUUAACGAGGUACUUCAAGUCAACCUCAAUACCGUUUUCACCAUUACUAGAGACGCAGGUAAACACAUGUUGGAAUCAAGAGGUGGCGUAGCGGGUGAACCUGUUCCAGAAGGUGGAGUAGAUGGAAAUCCAAGAGGAAGAGGUAAAAUUAUAAAUAUAUCAAGUUUAGUAGCUUAUCAAGGUGGUCUAAAUGUCGUCGCUUAUUCUGCUGCAAAACAUGGCGUUCAAGGAAUGGUAAAAUCAUUCUCAAACGGUUGGGCUUCAAAAGGAGUUUGCGUAAAUGCUAUUGCCCCAGGAUAUAUCGCUACAGAUAUGAACGAAGCACUCAUCGCUGAUCCUGUCCGAUCACGACAAAUCCUCGAACGUAUCCCCGCCGGCAGAUGGGGUACACCAGCAGAUUUCGAAGGUGCUAUCGUAUUCUUAGCUUCCAAAGCAUCAGAUUACGUUUCUGGUGAAUGUUUGGUCGUUGACGGUGGUUGGAUGGGUCGAUAA